AUGACAUCCUUUAAAGAUGCUAGGAAUCUUCUCCUGGAAAGCUAUAACGAUGGCAUUAUCGAUGACGAUGAAUUUAUUUUGCUGUAUGAAGGAAACUUCUCGAAAAAUCCAGAAUUUCCAUAUGAAGACUACGAAAGAUUCGACUUGAAUGCGAUGGACGAAACGGAAUGCAAAGCUGAAUUUCGCUUCACAAAAAGUGAAAUUCCAAGACUAGCUGAAGCACUGGAUAUUCCUGGAACAUUUUUUUGCCACCAAGGCACAACAGCUCCUGGAAUAGAAGGACUAUGUCUGGUGUUAAGACGACUGACUUACCCUUGUCGCUACUCAGAUUUGAUCCCUCGUUUCGGGCGACCAGUACCGGAGCUGAGCAUGAUUUACAACAUCGUUUUGGAUUACAUUUACAACACACACGGCCACAGAAUAACACUGGACGAAAAAACGGAUUUGCCUAAGUUUGCUAGUUGAGCAAAUCUAUUGUAAAUUUAGGGUACUAAUGUUGCUUCUUAUUUGUUCUUGGUGCAAAUUUUGUUCGAAAGUGAAAGUUUACUUUUCUGCAAGGGUGGCGUAAAUGUGGAGUAAAUAUCAAGUUUACAGAUAUUUUGUUUCACUUUUGCUCCCCAUAGUAAAUUUGGUGUUUAGAUUCAAAUUUGCCGCCAUUUUGUUCUCUGUGUAAAAAUCGAACGUCAAAAAUGAAUGUUUGCUUGAUAUUUUCUGGCAUAGCAAAGUUACUGUGUAAAUUUAUGGUUACUAGAGGCGUAAAUUUAAGCAAAAUAUGAUCAAAGAACUAUCUUUUCGACCACUUUAACCAACGUUUGCACAUUUACCAAACUUCACAGUGUUAUUUCACGUAAGUUUUGAUUUUCCAUCGCCAAGUUUCAAUCACCAUCACAUUCUUCUCAAAGUUUAUCAUAUUACUUGCUGCAGCUGGUUAUUUCGGGUAAGGCCAUCCCCCCUUUUUUUCGUUUAGCGUCGAAUGCGUUUCCUGAUAUUGGGUCGGUGGCUCGGAAAAAAAAUAUAUCACAAGAAGUCUCGGAAUAGGAGGCCCUGACGUAAAACGUUACCAUUUACAAUUUGGGUGAACAAAAUGCACAAUAUGUGAAAGGUUUGAACCCAGGAGUCAUUUCAAUAGUAGAUUGCAGAGUUUCAUCGUCCGGGUGAAUGUAGUCCUGAAUGCACUCCGUCGCAAGAUCAGCCGCCAUGUUUGUUGUUUCCCAGGCUUCCACGUGACUUUGGCACAUGCGCGAUUUGAUUUACAUUGUCACGUGCGGCUUUUGAACCAAUAGAAUAGUGUAAAAUAAACUUUCGUUGAACAGUUCAAAUUCACGCGGACUUCACAAGCGAUACAGCGUGGCAAAACGAGUAGUUUUGUUAUUUUCGGAUAAUAGAAAGCCUGUCUUUCUAUUCAGCUGUUCUAUUAUGAUUUAUACCUUUGUUAUUUUCGAGAGACAGUGAUCAGUUGCGAUAUUCUUCACAUAAAGCCUGUUUCCAAGUCAUCAACUCAGCUGGAUUGCAGUAAGGUAUGUUCUUCUUGAUAUCGUGGUUCGUUUACUUACUUUGGUUUUCUAAUAACUUUGGGUAAGCUUAAAACCUCAAAGAUAAAUCUUAAAAUUGAAGAUGCGUGCACAGAUAUGCCAUUGAUUGAUUCCUUUUUGUUUACUGCAGAAAUAACUGUACUCUUUGUUGCGCAUCGUCUUCAUUAAUGGAAUAAUCUUAUAUGACUUAAGUAGCCAGAUCUUGAGCUGUGCAGGCAAACAUUUCUUUUACACUAAUAUGAGUCGGUGAUGUGACCUUAGCAUGUCCAUAAUUCAGUAAUUUGGCUUGUUGUACCGCUGAGUUAAUAUGUUAGAUCUUUGGGGUUACUGUACUUUUCAGGUGACAGCACUUGACAAAGCAGUGGUCACUAUAAUUUAUUAUUUAAUAUUCUACUACAUUUCAAAUGACAAAUGAUUUUCCUUUUGAAAUUUUUACAGUCAAAAACUCUUGUUUUACAUCUACACAUAAUUAUGGUUCAGUGAUAUUGUGAAAUCUUAAUUUGGUUCAUUUUGCAAGUGACGGCAUAAGUUUGCCAGAUCUUGAAGCCUAUGUGUCAUUCUGAGUGACCAUUGUAUUAUUGUUCCACAUUUAAAUGACAAGUGCAUUUUCUUUCAUAAAUUGUACUUUCCAAAAUUCUUAUGGUUUAUACAUAUGGUUCAGUGAUAUUGUGAGAUCUUAAUUUUGGUUCAUUUUGCGAGUGACGGCAUUUUUUUAAUUUUGCGAGUGAAGCCUAUGUGUCAUUCUGAGUGACCACCGUAUUAUUGUUUCACAUUUAAACGACAAGUGAUUCUUCUUUCAUAAAUUGUACCGUCCAAAACUCUUAUGGUUUAUGCAUAUGGUUCAGUGAUAUUGUGAGAUCUUAAUUUUGGCUCAUUUUGCAAGUGACGGCAUAUGGCAGAUCUUGAAGCCUAUGUGUCCUUCUGAGUGACCACUGUAUUAUUGUUCCACAUUUAAAUGACAAGUGAUUCUUCUUUCAUAAAUUGUACCAUCCAAAACUCUUAUGGUUUAUACAUAUGGCUCAGUGAUAUUGUGAGAUCUUAAUUUUGGCUCAUUUUGCGAGUGACGGCAUAUGCCAGAUCUUGAAGCCUAUGUGUUAUUCUGAGUGACCACUGUAUUAUUGUUCCACAUUUAAAUGACAAGUGAUUCUUCUUUCAUAAAUUGUACCAUCCAAAACUCUCAUGGUUUAUGCAUAUGGUUCAGUGAUAUUGUGAGAUCUUAAUUUUGGUUCAUUUUGCGAGUGACGGCGUAUGCCAGAUCUUGAAGCCUAUGUGUCAUUCUGAGUGACCAUUGUAUUAUUGUUCCACAUUUAAAUGACAAGUGAUUCUUCUUUCAUAAAUUGUACCAUUCAAAACUCUUAUGCUUUAUAAAUAUGGUUCAGUGAUAUUGUGAGAUCUUAAUUUUGGUUCAUUUUGCGAGUGACGGCAUUUUUUUUUAUUUUGCGAGUGAAGCCUAUGUGUCAUUCUGAUUGACCACCGUAUUAUUGUUCCACAUUUAAAUGACCAGUGAUUCUUCUUUCAUAAAUUGUACCAUCCAAAACUCUUAUGGUUUAUGCAUAUGGUUCAGUGAUAUUGUGAGAUCUUAAUUUUGGCUCAUUUUGCGAGUGACGGCGUAUGGCAGAUCUUGAAGCCUAUGUGUCCUUCUGAGUGACCACCGUAUUAUUGUUCCACAUUUAAAUGACAAGUGAUUCUUCUUUCAUAAAUUGUACCAUCCAAAACUCUUAUGGUUUAUACAUAUGGUUCAGUGAUAUUGUGAGAUCUUAAUUUUGGCUCAUUUUGCGAGUGACGGCAUAUGCCAGAUCUUGAAGCCUAUGUGUUAUUCUGAGUGACCACUGUAUUAUUGUUCCACAUUUAAAUGACAAGUGAUUCUUCUUUCAUAAAUUGUACCAUCCAAAACUCUCAUGCAAGGCUGCUGCCUAACGGGCGCCCGGUCGCCAGAGGCGCCCAAGGUAAGAGCAUGGGCGACCAAAUUUCGGUACAAGGAGCCCGCGCGGGCGCCUGACUUAACACACGGCAUUAGACUUAACCUCCUUGUACAUUAUAUUCCUUUAGCUGGAGUAGGACUUUAAACAGUGGAACUGUUGAUAUGGUUAGCGAUGAUGCGAUUAGGCAGUAUAAAAUUUCCACAAAUAAACCGUAAAUUAUGUAAACCUAACGUGUUCAACUGUGAAGCUUUGUCGAAACGAACGAAGCCAUCGUUUCCGAGUCCGGAUGGCAGUUGAAGACUGGGUCUGAGAUUUGACUUCCAAAUAUGGAAUAGCAAAAUUAUGGGCUGUUUGUUGCCUAUGUUGACAUUCGUGCAGUUCAUCGUUUGCUUGGGUUUUCGUCGAUUUGAUAACUUUUUUGUGGCGAGAAUGGGAAGCUAUCUUGCGUGCUAUCGACUGGACGUGCUUGAUGUUCGAUUUCAUGUACCAGUUUGCAACGUAUCAGCAUUUUCAAGAGACUUUAAAAAACAACACGCCAGAGAACGCAGUAUGAUAUUUCAUAUUUGUAAUGUGAUGUCUUUACCUUGAAUAAAGAAAUUAAAGUAAUGAUCAACUUUGUGUUGGUUGUAUUUCUGCCUUGCUGCACGUGCUUAGCGCCCUUUCCCGCUAAAAUCGGCAAAGGUUCUGCUUUUCCCGCUAAAGUUAAUUGAAUAAAUUAAUAAAUGAAAGUAAAUAAUUCGGUUAAUUCUUGUUUACGUGUUAUUUAUUAGGCCCGGCGAAUUCUUAUUAAAGUGUGCAAGAACCUCUAUAACCUAUGUAAUGAUCUUGGAAAAACAAUACAUGGAUUUCAAACUGGGCUCCUAACAAUGUGGCUCGGGCUCCUAACUUUAAACUUUAGGAGCCCGAAGGGCUCCCUAAAAUUUUUCUUAGGCAGCAGCCUUGCUCAUGGUUUAUACAUAUGGUUCAGUGAUAUUGUGAGAUCUUAAUUUUGGUUCAUUUUGCGAGUGACGGCGUAUGCCAGAUCUUGAAGCCUAUGUGUCAUUCUGAGUGACCAUUGUAUUAUUGUUCCACAUUUAAAUGACAAGUGAUUCUUCUUUCAUAAAUUGUACCAUUCAAAACUCUUAUGCUUUAUAAAUAUGGUUCAGUGAUAUUGUGAGAUCUUAAUUUUGGUUCAUUUUGCGAGUGACGGCAUUUUUUUUAUUUUGCGAGUGAAGCCUAUGUGUCAUUCUGAUUGACCACAGUAUUAUUGUUCCACAUUUAAAUGACCAGUGAUUCUUCUUUCAUAAAUUGUACCAUCCAAAACUCUUAUGGUUUAUGCAUAUGGUUCAGUGAUAUUGUGAGAUCUUAAUUUUGGCUCAUUUUGCGAGUGACGGCGUAUGGCAGAUCUUGAAGCCUAUGUGUCCUUCUGAGUGACCACCGUAUUAUUGUUCCACAUUUAAAUGACAAGUGAUUCUUCUUUCAUAAAUUGUACCAUCCAAAACUCUUAUGGUUUAUACAUAUGGCUCAGUGAUAUUGUGAGAUCUUAAUUUUGGCUCAUUUUGCGAGUGACAGCAUAUGCCAGAUCUUGAAGCCUAUGUGUCAUUCUGAGUGACCACCGUAUUAUUGUUCCACAUUUAAAUGACAAGUGAUUCUUCUUUCAUAAAUUGUACCAUCCAAAACUCUCAUGGUUUAUACAUAUGGUUCAGUGAUAUUGUGAGAUCUUAAUGUUGGUUCAUUUUGCGAGUUACGACGUAUGCCAGAUCUUGAAGCCUAUGUGUCAUUCUGAGUGACCACCGUAUUAUUGUUCCACAUUUAAAUGACAAGUGAUUCUUCUUUCAUAAAUUGUACUAUCCAAAACUCUUAUGCUUUAUAAAUAUGGUUCAGUGAUAUUGUGAGAUCUUAAUUUUGGCUCAUUUUGCGAAUGACGGCACUUGCCAGAUCUUGAAGCAUAAGUGUCAUUCCAAGUGACCACUGUAUUACUGUUUCACAUUAUAAAUGACAAUACCUCAUUAUUUAUACCUUUUGUACAGCUCAAUGAUGUUGAGGGAUCUUUGUUAGUUCACUUUGCGAGUAAAUGCUUUGGCUUUAUCAUGCCAAAUAACCACAAUUAAUUAAUUAUUGUUCUAAGCAACAUGUGGGUUGCCUUAAUGUUAUGCUUCUCAGGUUCUGACCGGUUUUACGGUUUAUGUGUACAGUUGAGUCAUGGCUGUGGUCUGUUAGAGCCUGGUGACCUGUGGGACACUAUCAGUUCUGCUCUUGAAUGACAGGGGAAUUAAUUUAUUUCAGUUUUUAUUUACACUUAAAAGAGUCUUAAUGAAACAAAUGCAGUUUCAACAGAAAGAGCCUUUUCUGCUCUCUACUUUAACACCUGUUCCAAAAAACAUAUUUUAUACUUAAUGAAAAAGUUAGUAGGAAUAAAAUGCAGGGAGAAAUUUUUCUCACAAAUAUCCUCAAACUGUUCCUUUGAUUAAGAGAGUGUUUUCAGCUUUUAGCAUCGUGUCAUUGUUCUGCAACCCAAUCAUUUACACUGAGUAUGAGCAGUACAUGCUUGUUUACCAACUGUGGGUUACUUGUUGGUUGCUAAAUCAUGGCUCUUCAUUUUUCUUUCAGAAAAAAAAUUAAAGGGCCAAUAUGCCUUGAGGGAGUCAACUGGCAUCAGUUAGUCAGACAAGGACAAGUACAUUGCAUGUAUGCCCGUUGCAUAUUUGUCAUCAGAGGAGUCUUUGUCUGAAACAGCUGUAUCAGAGUGACAUGAAGGUAAUUCUUCAGGUUCAGAUGAGGACCUCCCAAACAGGGAAAAUCUCUGUGUAAGGCCACUUUCCUGGCAGAGCAUUGAGGUUAAUGGUUUAAUGGCCCAGUUGGACCGCAAAGUUGCAUGGUUUCAAAGUAUGAAGUGAAAAUAAUGGUAAUAGAGCACACAGUGAGACAAGCAUCAAACCAAGGAGCACCAGAUGAUGCUCCUGAGUUUGCUCUGGCAUGCCGUCUGAGAAUUAGUGCACAAUAUCAUGUUUGAAUCCCACAGGGUCACAAAGACAUGCAUGUAUGUCAGUGUUUUGUGAUUGGCUAGGUUCUUACGCUGUUUGUGAUUAGUCCGAUUUGAAAUAAAGUGUUGACACAAAGUCACAUAAUCUCAGUGACCUUUGUAUGGUAUGGUGGAGCCACAAACUUUCCCUUACCAGACAAAUGUCUGUAAAAUUUGCCAUCUUUGCAGAGCUGUCCUUGUUAGUUCGCACCGAAUCACUCUGUAACUUGGCAACUUUACUGAAUUUUAAAAACCUUCCAUCUAGUAGCCUGUAAAUGCAGCAGUAUUUUCAGUCGUCGUGUCCAUUCACCCAACAUAUGUAAUUGGAGAUACAUCUGCAUCCACUUUCCGCAGUGGUGACAGAUCCUAGGGCUACCCUAAGCACUGCCUUAAAAAGUGCCACUCUGAGGACUAAAUCUAGCCAAUACACCCCAUAGUAGAGUAAUUACUGGACUCCAAAUGCCAUGAUCCUAUUUUGUUCUUGGCAUAUUUUAUGAAAAAAGAGUGCAGUUAUGUUUUAUGCAAAAAAAAAACCGUGUGUGUAACAGUUUUUUGAUAAGCAUGGCUUAAAUUUUAAUCACCAGCAUGCCAAUAACAAUGAUAAUGAUGAUGAAUUAAAGAAGUUCUACAGAGCUUUCGUAGUGUAUAGAUUGUGUUUGGAUAAUUUGGAUAUUUAAUCAGUCCAAUACUGCAAGCAAAACAGCUGAUCAUGUGAAUCAGAAAAAAAUUGCUCAAAUUUUUAGCAAAUAAUUUGAUUUUAGUAAAAAAAAAUAAAUGUAAUAAAUUAUUUAUGGUAAUAUAAUAAUACAAGAAUUUCACCAAAUCAUAUUAUUUACAGUGAUAUAAUAAUAGUAAUAAUAAUAAUAAUAAUAAUAAUAAUAAUAAUAAUACAAGUAUUUAACCAAAUCAGUGGAUAGCAGAUUUGCUUUCAUAACUUGAAAAGCUUUUGGCUACCUAUAGGAUGAGAGUAAAAUUGGGGUGUCAUUUCAUGCUAGUUUUAGGAGUUUAGCAGUAAAUGAAGCACCUGUAAAAUAAAAUACAUGUA